AUACAAUCGCGUAUGUUUACGAUAAACUAGCUUAUCAAAAUGGGUUUAAUGCCGUUUUUGAUGGUAACACCUCGAUUUAUUCGGCAACUCCUUUAACUCUUGAGAAUGAGAGGGGUGGAAACCAUUUUGAGUUACAUGUAUCACAAAAUGAUGAUUAUAGAGUUCGCAAUGGAUCUUAUAAAGUUAUAAUCCGUUUUAUUCAAGAACUUUCUUUCGAUGAACUUCAAAAAUUUGUCACAGGAAGCAUUGCUUCCGUCGGUGAAGUGAUUAAGUGUAUAAUGGCAUUAAACACGUAUAUCAAUUUUACUGUUCGCCGUAAUUAUCCUGCCAUCGGGAGAAGUAUUUUUCCACAUUCACGGCAAGUUGUCUGUCCUGAUCUUAACUUAAAUCCAAUCGUUCUUCCUGGUGCAUUUGAAUUAAGACUAGGAUUUUAUCAAUCAUUACGUCCCGUAUGGAUUUCUGUCGCCGAAUAUUUCUAUAGGACUUAUAAUCGUAGAUUAAGUUUUGAAAAUUUACCAUGCGUUAUGGUAAGAAAUGAUGUAUACUUACCACUAGAAGUAUGCGACAUUUUACCCGGCCAACGAUUCGAUGGCCAAUUAACUGAUUCUACCCACGCAGAAAUGAUUAAGCAUACUUGUAUUAAACCUAGUGAGAGGUUUAAUCGUAUAUCAAGAGCAGUUCAAGGUAUAUUUAAACACAGUAGAGAUCAACAUAUAAAUUCUAUUGGCAUGGACGUUGAUAAAGAAAAUAUGUUAAUUGAUGGCCGCGUACUUGAUCCUCCGACAGUCGAGUAUAACUCUAAAAGUGCCAAUCAAACUCAUGUCCCAAAAGACGGUCGAUGGAACCUUUUAAAUAAAAUAGUUGUUCAAGGAAAAAGCCUUGAAAAUUGGUCGGUGUUAGUUUUUAGUACAAAAGUGCCAGCACCGAGCAUUGAACAAUUUAUGCGACAAUUUCGAGAAACUGCUAAUCAAAAGGGUUUGGCUUUAUAUCAAGCUUGCUUGGAUGCUCGAAUCAAUAAAGAACUACCUCCGCAACUAGUUUUUUGUAUAAUGGAACAAACUGGUCCUUUAUAUGGUGAGAUAAAGCGUGUGGGUGAUACCAUGUUAGGCGUGCCUACCCAAGUUCUCUUGUCAAAACUUAUCACCAGGCGGUCAGGACUUGAUCAA